CUUACGAAACUUUUUAUUCAUAUUAUAUUAGGGGUCCAUGCUGUUAAAGAUGGCCAAUGGGGGAAGUGGAAGCCUAUGUGGUUGUGUGGUAUGGAGCUGGCACAGAAAACAGUUGGGAUACUUGGACUCGGGCGGAUUGGGUUUGGCGUUGCUAGGCGACUGAAGCCAUUCGGAGUCAAAACAAUUUUGUACCACGACGUUUGCAGAGUAGGUUACGCAGACGACUUCGGGGCCAGUUUCGUAGAAUUUGAUAAGCUCUUGAUUGAAUCAGAUGUUAUUUGUAUUUGCUGUAAUCUUACGCCACAAACAAAGCACAAAUUCAACAAAUCUGCUUUCAAAAAGAUGAAAAGGCACGCCAUAUUGGUGAAUAGCGGAAGAGGCGGAGUGAUACAACACGAUGAUCUACUCGAGGCAUUGAUUUCUGGUGAAAUUGCUGCGGCGGGACUGGACGUUACUGAACCAGAACCACUUCCGGCGGAUCACCCGCUUGUUUGUCAACCGAACUGUAUUGUUCUUCCGCACAUGGGAAGUAACACUUGGGACUCUAGAAACAGUAUGUCGGAAACAACAGCAAAGAACAUUUUAGCAGUACUUGAUAAUCAAAAUGCAGUGGGUUUGGUGCAGUAGAAUGAGUGCUGAAACUUCUCCUCAACUGUCUGUAGAUACUUCUGUGUUUUUUCUAUAAUUAUUAGUUUUUGUAAAUCAUAUCAAAAGGCUAAUAUUACUACUAUUGAAAUACUAGUAUUAAUUUCGUUACCAGUAUGGAGAUAUUGAAGAAAUACUGAACAUUUAUUUGCCUAUAUCUUUAUAAAUUACGUCUACUUUCAGAAAGACUUACUAUUUAGGAUUUUAGGUUUCAGCUCAUUUCAUUUAAAGUAGAAACCAUUUUUGAAUUACUAGAUCAUAAAAUAAUAUAUAGACACUGGGAACAAACGCCAGGCUUUAAUUUGUAAAAUGAAUAUAUGGUUAAACAAUAUAACGAUAUUAAACAAUUGUGAUAAAUGA